AUGAAGGAUGGGAUCUUCAACGAGAUGUCCUCCAGUAUCAUGGCCCUUAAGCCUCUGCUUCUCCGGACAUUCCUAUUCACAUUGUCGGUUUCCGUCACUAUCGCAACGCCUUUCAAUCUAUCCAGCGAGGUUACCAGAUUCGUGCCCUCAUGUGCACGCAAAUGUUUCCGCUCUCACCUGAGUGCCAACUAUGCCCUUGAUAUUUGUGGCAGCACACCGACUUUGCAAUGCCUCUGCGCCAAUGCUGGAUCUUCAGGGCUCACGAUUGGCGAGGGUGCUGUUCAAUGCGUCGUGGCGGAAAAGACAAUCGGUUCCUGUCGUGAAAGCGACACGCCGCAAACCGUCAUAGAUGCGGCGUAUCUGAUGUGUUCGAAUCAACCAGGCGCCGUCAUUCCCACACAUACGGCUAUCAUCGCAACCCUGAUUUUGCCCACAUCUGGCGCUGGCAUAAUCGUAGUUCCACCACCCACCACCUCAUCGGUGAUCUACUCGACGUCAACGAGGAGGCCCUUGACGUCGACAGCUUCCAUCCCGACAACACUCAUUACAGCAACUGGCACACCAUCCAUACCCAGCACAUUCUCUACCUCAACGAGGUCAAGCCUUUCAAUUAGCUCCACGACGAGUACCACCAGUACUCCACCGCCAUCGCCGCCAACAUCCACAACAAGUCCCUCCGCAUCAGCAACUUCCAUCCCGGGUAGCGAAGAAGCCAAUGCGGGCUCAUCUGAGCGACUUGGUACAGCCCAGGUGGCAGGCCUUUCGGUCGGCCUUGCGGCUGCCGUUGGCAUCGCCAUUCUUGCCAUCUGCCUCGCCCGUCGUAGACGCCGUAGAAACUAUCCAGACCUCAAGACGGGUUUCUUCCCUGUGCGCGAGAAAGACUCGUGGGAGUUUCACCCCCAAGAAGGCCCCGGCAAUAUCUUUCACAUUUCUCCGCCACUUCACCAUGCUCAGUCCCCUUCGCCACCACCUCAGCUGCCUCCCGUGGCUCGCAAUCGCGCCAGCGGCCGUACUAGUUGGUGGCCAGCAGCCAUUGGUCUUGCAGUCUCCCGUCCGGAGAGCACCGGCACUCCAUCACGUCCUCCUCCGCAGCAAUACAACCGACCUAUCUCACGUCUUCUCCCUGCUAAACCGUCUCUUUCAUCCCCCAAACCGGUACUUUCUAUCAAGAUCCCUAAAAUCGACCUCUACUCUUCCUCCCCACCCCAGCCGCAGGGGCAAGGCCCUUCCCAGCAGACAAACUCGCAGAUAUUGAAUGAGAGGACUGCCAAACUUACGGCACCGCCUCGCACGCAUUACAAUUUGCCCCGCGAGAGCACCAUGACGGAGUUCGAAGAGGACGGCGCCAUCACAUCGGCUCGGUCUCAGCGAUCCAACAACAUUUGGAGGCCGCCAUCCGCCACCACAGGCAAGACUCCUCAGUCUGCGGCAACGUACUACGUUGCUGACAAGAAUGGCAACUGGGUUCUGGGCGACCCCAAGAGCGCUACCCACAUGGCGCAGCUCGCCGAGCUUGACGCUUCUGGUGCAAAAGCUGGAGGAGGAGCAAAGUCGAAGCCUUCCUAUGCAGAGUCUGCCAUGCUGGCAGCCACAGCUACGAAAGCGGGUAUCGGACACGGAGCCGGCAGCCCCAUCGCCCCCGCAGCUCCGCGGAUGCCAAUGCCCCCUGCCCCGGUGCUUCUCCCCGCUGCGGAGAUAGUCCCUGCCAAUCUUUCCGCACCGCCACAAACCCGGUCUUCCAGUAUAUACUCCCAGAAUACUACUCGGCCCAAUACUGCUUUCCAGUCCGGCGCUCCUCCGCCGAAUGGCGCACCGCAUCCCGUGCCGAGCAUGUCCUUCUCUCACCCGGAGCCCCCUCGUCGGAGAAGUAACUCUCUCGGCCGCCGCAGCUCCUCCUCCAAAUCCAAACAGCCGUCAGGAGCAACUGCCGCUGUAGCCCCGGUGAGCGCCCCCAAACGCUCUGACAGCCAUGACUCCCAUGUCUCGCAAGCUUCCGUGACAACAAUCGCCUCUUCUGUGGCCUCGGAACCGGAACCGAUAGUAGAGCAAAGCAAUCUCUCCCCGGUUGUGGAGUCACCUGCAUCAAACGCUUCCCCUAGCGGCCGCUCACCAGUUUCCUACCCUGUGAUACCGGGCCGGACGUCGUCAAGGCCCAGCAACAACCUCCGCCUUUUGGCGCCUCCAACACGGCAAUUCGCAGCUCUCCCGCCAGGCCAGCCAAGUCCUACUCUGGGUAUGAUGCAGCAGCAGCAGCAGCAACAGUCUCGAGGUCCAUACAUGGCAAGCUACGACGUCCCUCGUAAACCAGUCGCCCGACCCCGUCCGGCCGCCGACCCGAGCAGGGUGUCAACUGGCUCGCCAUCUCUGCGUCUCGUUACACCCUCCCCCCCGUCUGACACAGAAAGACAACAGCCCUCUCGACAACCACCACAAAUGAAGCCUCUGUAUCCUUCCCCCCUGCAACCUCAGCGACCCCGUCUCGAGCGCGGCGACGCCCAUCCACAGGCCCAAACGGCACAGGUACAACAGAUGCCUCCCAAUGUCGAGCCGCAAUCAGCGACUGUGCAUAAAAUGCUAUGGGGAGAUAUGCCUCGUCGCCCGCAACAGCCUUCUUACCCCCUCCCUCCUCAACAACAAGCCCAUCCACAACCUCCACCCCGUAGCCAACGCCGCCGCUCUCAGCAGCAGCAGCAGCAGCAGCAACAACAGCAGCAGCAGCAGCAACAACAGCAAAGACAAUCUUUACAACGACAAUCAUUCCAACAACAACAACUGCCUCAGCAAUCACCGCCUCCAAAACAACCUCUCCCCACUCGGCCUCUGUCAACAUCAGCCCCCCCACCACCUCGAGACAUCACAACCCAGACUCUAAACGCACCCUUUCGCCCAACCUCAGAAGCACCCUCCGUCGCGACCCCAUCGACGACAUCUUCUCUCCUCUCAAAGCGCCUAGGCACAGAACGCGCCGCGGCCCUCGCACCGCUCAACGGCGGCGUACGUCACAGUCCCAACUGGCGACCUUACCGUCCCAGGACAGGAGGCGGCGACGUCCUCUUCUCACCCGACGAGUUCUUCCCAGCGCCCCCGAUCCCGGGUAGUCGUGAGCAAAGAGGUAGCGGGCUCCCCGCUACGCCGACAUGGCAGCCCAAGCUGACGCCGACGCGAAGGGGUGACGAUUUAUUUCUGAACGUGCAAUAA